AUGCUGCGGAACGCCACUCAGCGGCUGCUGCAGCACGCCGCGGCAGCGGCGCAGGGGCAGCAGCAGCUGCAGCUGCAGCAGCAGUGGGGCCCUGCGCCCGCGUCGGUGGUGGUGCGGUGGUUUUCGGAGCCCACCAACUCGGCUAAGGAGGCAGUCGAGCGGACACUGGUGGUCAACACCCUUGAUAUGGCCAAGAAGUUUGAGUCUGCGGGGUUGUCGCGGCAGCAGGCAGAGGCGCUGACGGAGCACAUUACGACUCAGGUCAUCCUGGACCGCUGCAGGCUGAGCGAGAAGUUCGUGGCAAAGGCGGAUUUGGAAAAGGCCCGCAGCUGGUCGUGUGAGGGCAGCCGCCCCUAG